AUCAUAUUUAUAUGAAAUUAUUUAUUUGUCCUGUGCUUUUACACAAAAAGCCCGGGGUUUCUUUUUCCUUUUUCUGUCAGAGGGAUUAAACUCGCCUUUUCUGGAAAACGAGUACAGAGGUAAAGAACGCCAUGUUGACAAGACACCGCCAACUGGGAGGCCAAACCUAACUUGGGAUAACGUUAUUCCCUCUAUUUUAUUACGUUACCUCAAUCAACGAUCAAUCGACUCCGACCAACGUGUAUGAAGAAAGAAGAGGUUGAAAGAUCUGAUUAACAAAACCGGCAGCGCCAUUCCAGCCAUAUCAACGAUUUCAAAGCAUCGGUUAAUUACGUUCCCGUUGUUCCCAAAAGUUAACUAAUUUGCUUAAAUGAACUUAACUAAUUGUGAGUGUGGUCACAUAAACUUUUAUGCCACAGAUGCCAUUUAAUUUUGACCGAUAGUCGUUUGCUAACGAAAGGCCUGUUUGAAGCUAACUUCGCAGCAUUAGCUUGUAGGCUAAUGAUACAGACGUUACGUUACAGUUGGCAGGAGAAGGCUAAGCUAAUGGCUCGAAUAAAACGUCGCGUAAAUUAAUACUUUAAGUUCAUCUUCGUGUAUGUUAAUCGAUCAGUAUGGGCCACUACACUUGAUUAUAAUCCGUCGAAAUCUCUUCGUUCAGUUGGUGUAAACGCGAGCCAACUUCAGUUAGCUCUACGCACUUAAAAUAGCACUCGAGUCGUGGCCUUACGUUAGAAUAAUAACUCGGGUAGGAAAUCGUUUAUUUCGUCCCGCUCAUCUUUGAUAUUUGGGGAUUGUUCCUCCUUAAACCUCAACUGUAGAUCUCAAAAUAUACAUUUUUGAGAGUUCCGGUAUUCACUAAUCAAUGUAGCUUCCUGUUAGCUUCCUUUAGCUAGUUUAUUUUUAACGCUUACUUGCUGCCUGUUGUCAUGGAUUUCUGUCUAACACAUAAUUUUCAUUCACAGUCGUGCCCACACUGAGUCGACCCAAACAUCCACCAAAGUCCCCCCAAAAUGUGUAAAACGUCUGCAAAGCAUCCCAGAAGUGUUUCAAGUCAAACACUAAGUUCCCUUCCUUUUUUUCUCCUCAAUCCCCAGUUGGCAAAUGUGCAGCAUGUUAACGCAGUUGGCCCAAUUUCCAAGUCCCACAAACCCCACUAGCGUCCCCUAAAAGGUCCGGAUGCAAAAAUAACCAAAACGUUUUAAUGUUUUUGAGUGCAAUAUGUGAAGAAACCCUGUCACAGCCAGAGGAUGGAGAGCUGGAGGAGGGCGAGCUGGAAGACGAUGGGGGGGAGGUGGAGGAGGAGGACCUCGGUGGAGGUCCGUCCGCAGCGGUAGCAGCAGAUGGAGGAGGCGCAGGAGGUGAUGGCCGUGAAGAAGCAAGCGGAGGAGCUGAAGCAGGAGGGGAGGGGGCCGGGGAGAGGCCUCGGCGAAGCAAGGAGCCCCACGCCAGCAGCAACUCUGAUGAGGAGAGGUCCCACCGCCGCAAGAGGAAGAGGAAGAAAGAGCGGGAGCGCGAGAAGAGGAGGUCCAAGAAGAAACGCAAAUCCAAACACAAACGCCAUCCGUCUUCCGAUGACGACCACUCCGACUUCAGUGAUGACUCCGACUACAGUCCCAGUGAGAAGAGGAAGUACCGAGAGUACAGUCCACAGUACCCCCCGCCUCCCCACGGAGGCUACGGCGGCCCGAAGAAGGGCGGCUACAUGAAGAUGGACAAGCAGAGCUACGGAGGCUACGAAGAGUUCGAAGAGGAGAACUUCGAGGGCGAGGAAGAGGAGGACAUUGGGGACGAGGAGUAUGACGACUUUACCAAAGAGCUCAACCAGUACCGCAAGGCCAAGGAGGGAGGAGGCGGCCGUGGACGAGGUGGGUCCUCGGCGGUUGGAUCAAAGCUGUUGGAGUUGAAAAAUAGACUUCUGCACGGGGGCAAAGGUCGCAUGAAGAACCAGAGAGGUCGUGGAGGAAUGAGGGGAGGGAGGCGGGGAAGAGGAGGAGGCAGGGGAAGAGGAGGCCGAGGAGGAGGAGGAGGAGGAGGAGGAGGAAAGAUGGGGGGAGAUAACGAUGAUGGGGACGGCUAUGGAGAAGAGAUGGAGUUUGGAGAUGAUGACUAUGACAACAUGGGCGAGGAUGACUACGAUGACUACUCGAAAGAACUCAAUCAGUACAAGAAGUCCAAAGACCGGGGCAGAGGGCUUAAAGGUGGCCGCGGGCGAGGGAGAGGCAAAGGAGGACGGGGCAUGCUCAGAGGAGGAAGGGGUCGGAACCGCGGGAGAGGAAGAGGUGACAUGGGCAACGAUGACGAAAACCACCUCGGGGACAUGGACAACGGGGUGAGGCUUUUGUACUGUUCUCAGAUCAGCCCAAAGCGUCCUGAUAGAAAGCAGGACGGAGGUGUUGGAGGCGAUGGACCAGGACCGGGGAGGAGGAAUAUGAACGAGAAGCACCAGGAUAAGAAAGGAAAGGCCAUUUGCAAGUACUACAUUGAGGGACGAUGCACCUGGGGGGACCACUGCAACUUCAGCCACGACAUCGAGCUGCCCAAGAAGAAGGAGCUGUGCAAGUUCUACAUCACUGGAUUCUGUGCCCGAGCAGACCACUGUCCCUACAUGCAUGGUGAAUUCCCAUGUAAGCUGUUCCACACCACGGGGAACUGCGUCAACGGCGACGAAUGCAUGUUUUCCCAUGAUCCCCUCAACGAUGACACGCAGGACCUGCUCAACAAGAUGCUGGCCGAGGACGCAGAGGCCGGAGCCGAGGAUGAGAAGGAGGUGGAGGAGCUGAAGAAGCAGGGGAUCAACCCUCUCCCCAAACCCCCUCCCGGAGUUGGCCUACUCCCCACACCCCCCCGGCCGGUCCCGUUAGACGCCAACCUAGGGCCUGGGGAUUUUGGCGGGUCUGCAAUGGGUGACUUUGGAGGUCCUCCUGGACCCAACCAGGGGCCCAUUGCUAACAAAGGCCCCCCAGGGCCUGGUCCCGGGGGACCUUUGUCUGGACCUUCUGGGCCUAACCUUUGUGCUGGUCCCCCUGUCCAUGGGCCUGACGGAAGUCCCUUCCAAGGUGGACCCCCAAAUCCAUGUGGCCCUCCCCCACACAUGGGCCCCCACAUGGGCCCACACAUGGGCCCCCACAUGGGCCCCCACAUGGGCCCCCCACCUCCUUGCGGUGGCGGCGGAGGAGGAGGUGGUUGUGCUGGGAAAAAGAUCCCCUCGCUGUUUGAGAUUAAAGUUAAGCCAACGGGUCAGCUGGCUCAUAAACUCGCCAGAGGCCAGACUCCCACCACCAAUCCGGGCCAAACGGAACCAUCCACAGGGGACCCUGAUGCCCCCCCGCCCUGCUUCCCUCCUCCCCCAGGGAUGAUGCCACCUGACAUGCAGGACAUGAACCAGGGGCCCCCCAACAUGGGCCCUGGUGGACCGCCGAUGAUGGGAGGAUUUGCGCCUGGUGAAGGCCCUCCACACGGAGGGGCCAUGCCUCCAGGUCCCCCACCGGGUGGGCCAAACUUCUUUGAUAACUUCUUCAAUCAGCAGGACGGCAUGCCGAUGGAGGGAGUGGUGCAAGAAGGUGACAACUACCAGGGUUUCAGCGGUAUGGACGAGAGAGGGGAAAACGCCGGAAACCAGCUGGGCAGCUCGGACGGCUCGGCCAACGGAGCGUCGGCAAAUCAGGGAGGGAUCUCUGUGCCUGACUUCCUGCCCCCGGCACAGCGGGUCCUGUUCAUGAGGAUCCAACAGAAGCAGCAGGAGGAAGAGGAGAGAGCUCGCCGGAUGGCAGAGGGAGGAGCAGAGAAGAGCAGAGACACUGAAGGUGACUCAGGGAACUGGUACUCAAGUGAGGAUGAGGAUGGAGGUGGUAGCGUGACCUCCAUCCUGAAGACGCUCCGUCAGCAGACUCAGGCUCCCCAGAAAUGCGACGGCCCACCGAGCGACCCCCGCCUACAAAAGGUUGGUCCCGCCAGCGCCCCGGCCCGGCCGGCAGACCCCCGCCUGGCCCGGGACCCCCGCCUGCUGCGUGCCGCGGACACGGCCGACUCCGCCCACCCCAUGCCCACUCUGUCCUCGUCCGGGCCGCCCGCGGACCCCAGGUUGGCCCGGUUAGCUGCGGCCGGUUCGGCGGGACCCACCUCUCUCCUGCCUCCCGCCCUCAAACCAGAGCCGCCUCUGGUCUACAAGCCGCCGCCGCUCACGACCCCGGCAGCCGAGGAGGAGGAGACGGAGCGAGUUCUACGGGACAAGCCGGUGCCGAUUCCUCUGGACCCGCUCAUGGGUAUGGCUCUGAGAGACCCGCGCUCGCAGCUGCAACAGUUCAGCCACAUCAAGAAGGACAUCCUUCUCCACAUGCCGGCCUUCUGCAAAACCAUCACCUGGUCACCCGAGGACCUCCUCCCUCUACCUGUCCCCAAGCAGGACCUCCUCCCACUCCCACCAGGCAUCCCUCCCGUGUCCUCCAUAGACCUGCGUCUGUCCCGCACUCAGCCGCUGCCUCAAACGUCACUCCCUCCCCUGCAGCCAUCUCCCGCUCAGGCCCCUCCCCCCACCGUGGACCGCCCUGCUCCCUCUGCCGCCGCCACCUCCUCCUUACCAGAUUUUGAACUGCUGUCUCGUAUCCUGAAGACUGUCAACUCGAGCCCGUCCCAGACUCCGUCCCCUCCUCUCCUUCCUGCUACUGUCUCCGCGAUGCCGCUGCUCGGUCCGCCUCCCCCCAUGCCUCCCCCGCCUGUAGAAAAGCCCGUCGAUCCCCGCGUGUCCCGUAAAGCCCCCAGCGACCCCCGUCUCCAGCCGCAAAAGUCCGCACUGAAGCAACCAUCCGAGCCCGUGCCUCCCCCUGUCCCUGCUCCUUCCCCGGCACCCACAUCCACCUCCCCCCCUCCGACCACCGCCCCCUACGACCCGCGGUUGCUGUCCUCAGGUGGGACAGGCCGCGGUGGGGGAUCCGGGGCACCAGGGGGAGCCAGCGUGCUGAGCAACAUCAGUCUGUAUGACCCUCGGACUAACAAACCAGGCAGCCCUGGUAUGAGCAGCGGCUCCAACAACUCCCCCAACUCAACCAGCGCAGAGUCCAAACCCAGCGACCCCCCGGCGCCGAAACCCAAGUCCAAGGAGCCCCUGUUUGUACGUAAGUCGGCGUUGGACCAACCGGAGCCGGAAAAAAGCGCAGAGCAGGGAACCGACCGAUACAACAGCUACAACAGGCCGCGGCCCAAGCCUGCGCCCUCGCCCAGCGCCACGGCGCAGGGCGGGCCCGCUGCCGCCGCAGGUCAAGGGGCUCCCGGAGCCGCCGGGGACCAGGGGCCCGCGGGCGUCCACAGCCUGCCGGUGUCCACUCUGUUCGGCGGGGUGAAGCAGGCGGCCAAGCCCAGCGGGACGGGCAGCCCCUUUGGAGGCAACAGCCCGGUGCAGCCCGACCAGGCGACCACAGAGCAGGACAAGGCCUCGCUGAAGGAGGUUUUCAAAGGCUUCGACCCCACAGCCUCGCCCUUCUGUCAGUGACCCCAACCCCCACUCUGACCGUUGAACCCUGAGGCCCGUAGUGCGGACGGCCGUCAGCUUCUUUUAACCUUUUUGAACACUGAACGGAUCAGUGAAAACCGCACUGAGGCCACUUGUCCGUAAGACUGUAGGAAGCUUAAGAAGACAAAGGAGUGUGAACAAUUUAUACACACACACACACACACACUUUAUGCACAGUGUUGCAGAUUCUAUAAAAGACUUGGGUUAUGGGAAGGGUUUAAAGUUAAAUCUCUAUUUUAAAACAGCCUUAUUGAUGUAUAAAUAAAUAUAUUCUCCCGUUCUCAACACUUAAAUGAAAACAUGUUUUUCAGACAGCAGCAAAAAUGCAUUCAUACAGAAUGUUUUAGAUUCUUUUGAUCAAUCCUCUUCAUUUCAGUUCUUACAUUCAAACUGGUAGACGCACUAGUCUAUAUUUUCAUCAGUCAAAUUUGACAGAUGAAAAGACGGGAUAUAUUUUCCCCCAUAAAGCUUUUGCUAAGUUGAUGUCAUUUUCUGUUAUUAAAUCAACAGCACUGAAGCAGAUCAGCAAGUUUUUUCAAACUAUAGCAUACAUUUUGUUUUCUUCAUCACUCACAUUUGCUUUGUAUACAUUUGCAAAUGCUUAAACUUAACAUCUGUAUUCUGCUUUCUUUUGUAUUUAUUUUUCUCCUUGCACUGCCCCUUUAUGUCCUCCUGGGGGCUCUGUCUGUGUUUUUAUUGUCUGUAGCUCUGUACCUAAACCCUUUAGUGUUACUGCUACAGGGAGUUACACUUGGUUCUGCCUCUCUGACCACUACGCCGCUGUUGGUCCUUUUACAUGGACCCUCCCUGGCCCCCCGUCCCCCUCCCCCCAUUCAGCUGUCCAGUUGCUUUAUAGUUAAACUUUGUUUUUAUCUUUCUUUGGAGAGUUUAUGAAUGAAUGAAGGUAGAAGAAAUGUAAGUGUGCCCUGUGUUAGCGGGAUCCUGGUUAGUCUGGAUGACAAAGCCUGCCAGAUUUCAUGAAUAAAUCAAGAAAUUAUUGUGAAUUCAGAAAAUACAAAAGUUAUUUGGUGUAUUGGAUAAAAGUAAGUUGAGAGGCAAAUUUAUAUAGAUUAUAUAGGUUUUCUUAUUUGAUUAAUUAAUGGCCCCCUUUAUUUUAAUAUUAUUUUUGGUAGAUUUAAUGCCAUAUAAAUGUAUUUAUCAAGCGGUUUUUGUUUUUAUUUUGGCAGGUUUUAUUCUCUAAGCCACAGCAUGAGCAUGAGGAACAUCAUACAUGUUUUGUUUUCUUCAGAAAAAAAACAUUUCAUAGCUUCAAUCUGUUAUACGUUUUAUCUUUUUAUUUCAUUUUUCACACAAUCUUUCUUUUGUUUACUUUGCUUUUAUAGAGCAUUUUGUUGAGAAUUAAAUGAAAUAACCGGUCUGUGGAAAUCUGAAUAAUUAGCAGCCUCCUUAGCAUUUAUUCAGAAUUCUUUGGCUUCAGCGGCUGUCGACAGUGUGACAAUCAGAAAUUAGAUUUUGGACCUAAGUCAAUUUACGCAUGAGUCAUGCAUUGACCUUUUGCAGGCGCUCCCUGUGUUGUCUGAGCUCCUCCAUGAAGAAAACCACGUCAUCAAUCUGACUACGACUAGUGUGUAAAAGUAAGUCGACAUGUUUUCUCUCACAUGCUGGCAGGCAAAGAAGAGCACACUUUCAUGGUGGAAAAGUUCAUUUUGGGAUGCAUUCAUUUAAAUGUUCUUCCCUUCACAUAGUUUUAUUCACCUUCACCUCAAUGGGCUUGUUACAAAAUCUUUAGAAACACACCAAGAGCUUCUGCAAGUUCCAGAAGGUGUCGGGGAUCCACCGUCUUGUGUAUAGAUGUUGAUCAUUUUAAUUUAUUUUUUUAUACUUGGGAAAAUAUGCUUCCUCACAUGACAGUUUUUGAACCGAAUCAUUUUAUAAGACAGGAAUAUGUGAUCGUCGCUCACCUCAGUGUGACGUAAAACAGCCGUAACAGUGUGAAGAGAGGAGACAGACGCAUUUAUUUUUUUCUAAAUUGUGGUUUUUGUGUUAGGCGAGAUAUUAGCUAACAAAAGAUUCACAACUGCUGCCUCCUUGCUCUUAAGGGGGCUGAUGUCAGCCAGAGCAGGCGUGAAACUUCUUGUUGAUUUGAUCUUUCCUCUAUGGCUCUUUUUUUCUUUUUUUCUUUCUGCUAUGUAAAUUAAAGCCUAUAUCCUGUCAUCCUGGAGUUUUCUAACUGUACACUGUAGGUGAGGUUGUUCAAAUAUUUAAAUAAAGUUGAUACACGGUCAACCAGUUAAAACUA